GUAUAAAAUAAGCAUUACUAAAACAAAGGUCUUAAUCAUUCCUCCUCAAUUAUACAUUUGAUUCAAAAGCCAAAUAAACAAAAAAAAAUGUCGAAUUUUCUAAGGAAGAAGCUACACCUCUGCUUCUCAUCCACCUCCGGUGGUCUCUCACCGUCGAUUCCUUCUUCUCCGAUCAUCGUAUCAAACCACAACGCUCCAUCUCAUCAUCUUCACAAAACCCCCUCAAUCUUCAUGAACAACUUCAACUCUCUAUACGAUCACCUCUCUGUUUCCUCUCCUCUCCACCGCCGUCACAGUUCCGAUAACCCCGCCGGAUUAUUCUCCUCUAUCCGCCGCGACGAAGUAGAAGAAAACGACGACACUUCCGCCGCCGUUUCAAAACUAUUAACCGGCGGAACAGCGAUCAUGAAGCAUAUAGAUUCACCGGAUCCGUACAGAGACUUCGGACGGUCGAUGAGAGAGAUGGUGGAAGCUAGAGAUUUAACGAGAGACGUCGCCGCCGAUAGAGAGUACUUACACGAACUGUUGUUCUGUUAUCUCUCUUUGAAUCCGAAACAUACUCACAAAUUCAUCGUCUCUGCUUUCGCCGAUACACUCCUCUGGUUACUUUCUCCGUCGCCGGGGAAUUCUUUCAUGUCCCAGUAGUUCCUCUCUAAUUUUAAUAUUUGGGCCUGUGGGCUUACAAAGGCCCAAACUUGUAACAACUCUUACUACUCAUUGCUGUAUCUGAUCGUUACUUCAGAGAUAUGUGAAUUUAUCCACAAACGAAUUAAGAAAAAAGUUUCCCAA